UCGACUGCUGUCACUGAGUGUUUUUAUCUUUUUCGCAUUUGCUUUUGAACUGUCAGUGAAACAUAUGUAAUCUUCCUUUGAUCGCACCAGGGCAACAAAAUAAAUGUUAAACGAAAAUCGCAAAUGUGAAACAGACAUGACCAUUAAUUCACACUCCGCCAAAAUUGGCGGCUGCUCCCUCGCAAAGAGGCCCAAAUCUGAGGAGGUCGAGGGUGUUGGAGCUCCGUUGCCCGACUGGACACACUUGCCAUCCCUGCUGCUGCACCAGACCUUUGAAUAUCUCAACCGAGAUGAUCUUCUUAAUGCUGGAAUGGUUUGCAAGAAUUGGAGAUUGCAUAUCUUUCAUCCGAAGUGGUGGCCCGCGAUGACAUUCAAAAUCGAAUCGAACGAAAUGAAAAGAGCGAAAUUCCACACGAACACAUUCGGACACGUGGUGUCCGAAGCAACGGUCAAAGUUAGCUCGUUGACGUACGAAUGCGUGCGCGAGUUCGCCACGUUACUGCGCGUGCUCAGCACGAAUAACAAUCUGCGCAGCCUGAUCAUCGAACCGACGCACUGUCGGUUCGAGUUGCCGCCGAAGCGAAUCGUCGACGACGGCAAGUACGACGAUCUCGACGAGAUGAUGUGGUCGUUGGACGAGUGUCUGCCGCGUCUGACAAAGUUCAGCAUCGGCGGCCUCGAGGAACUCUCUUAUUAUCUCGAUGACAUACUGAGGAGACUGAGGCCGAAGGUCACGCACCUGGGACUGGCAUCCGUCAAGGAUGAUCCAUUAAUCUACACGAAGCAAUACCUCAAUCCGGAUCUCGUUGUGCCCUUCCACAAUUUAAGGGUGUUAAGUAUGGACUACGACAAUCUCUCGGACGAGUUGCUGAACAACCUGGAGUCCGCCCGGUCACUCGAACGGCUGGUGGUGCACGUGCACGGCGUACACCAAGGCCACGCGGGCACGUCGAACGGCGCCUGGCACCGCUUCACCGAGUCGCAUCCCGAUUGCGGUCUGCGUCUCACGGUGAUCCACGCCUUCAAGGACAUACACGACCUUCACAACAACGUGCUGCGUCCGGACAUGCCGCUCACCCAUCUCAAGGUUUUGUUCUGCGAAAGCAUCAACAUGGAACUGCUCGAGCUGAUGCCCUUAUAUUACAAGCGCACGCUGCGCAGUCUGAUGUGGAUCGACUCGAUACGUAACAGCAAGGACAGCUGGACGUUCAUACAGCUCCACAUUCCCAACCCGCUGGUGAUGGCCGCCUGGCUCUGCAAGCAACUGGAGGAGCUGGUGAUGUACGGUUACAAGUACAACGCGGACGAUCUGAUGGCGAUUGGGCGGCUGCGUGGUGCCAAUCUUAAGAACCUCGACGUACCCGAAGACGAUAUUUUAUACAGCGACACGUCCGCCACGGUCUUAUUGAAGGACAUCCGUAAGAACUUGGGGAGGAAGUGGACGCCGCACAAGAGUUCCGACUUGCACCCGGUGAUCUGCAGUCCUCUGGCAGGCGAUUCCGACGAAUAUUUAUUGCCGAUAGUUUUAGCAGAUUUGCACUAAGAUAAGUCAACUAAUAACCUCCUAUCCCCCACCAGUUAUAUCUGUAUGUACCACCUACAAACCAACCAAUCAACCAACCAACCAACCAACCAACCAACCAACAAAUCUGUAUUAAAACAGCGGCUAAUUGAUGCUUCGGUUACAUCACUCAUUUUUAUUUACUCGUUUAUUUUCGAUCUGAAAUUACGUUACGUUUUUCGUUUAUUAUUUUUAUUGCAGUAAAUUUAAUGUUGUUGUUGUUAAACGAUGUAACGAAAUGGGCCCAAAAUCUUAUGGCUUUCUGUCGGUGUGUUGUUAUCAUUUUAAAUUCACGGUUGAAUACUACUUAAUUGUCACCGUUUAAGUAUUUUGUAAUAUGAUCGGCGCUCACCAAUUUAACCGCAACCAAAGACCAUUAUUUAAAGUUAAAGUGGCGGGCUGGCCUCCCCCCGAUACUUUGCACUUUUUCUUUUUUUAAAAUGCAACUUCCUUAUAAAGAUUGAUGUGUCCGGGUGUCGCACUACAUUUCACCGGACGUAAUUUGUGUAUAUAUAUAUAUAAAUGUCUUUCUUGUAAAUAAUUACUAAUGUUAAUGUUAAUUUUAUGCAAGAGAAAUGAAUACGUUUCUUUUUUUUUUGACUAUAUUGAACAACGAGCAUGGAGCGUACGUUCGUUCGGUCCAGUUGUUUGUUUGAAGUACUACUAAAAUCGUUUCGUUGUUCCCCGUUUUAAUUAAUUUAUUUUACCGUUUACUUUUUAUUAUUAUUACUACUAUUUGUUGUUUUAAAAAUUACGAACAGGGUGCCAAGUUUCCGUGAUUGAAAAAUAGUUUUGGCGUCUGAACAGUGUUGCAUUGUAAAAAUUAACUAUGUGACUUUUUUUAAUAGAAAUGCAUAAGAUGCAUGAGGUGCAUGAAAUGCUUGUGGUGCGGUACAGGGACACCAAAUCAGAUUUUCCUUUAUCUAACAUACAAAACUAGCGAUAAGAAGCAAAACAUCUGUGAUAUAGAAACUCUUAUUAUUCGAACAAGCAACGAUUGUUAACGUGUAAAUCAAAUUAAAAAAUGAAAAUAUUUAUUGCCAACUACUACUAAGUACCUGUCUUGAUUCGACAUUAAAAUAAUUAUCAAGAUAACAUAACACGUUUGAGCUUGCGAUACUUAAGAAGUUCAAGGCUAAUUUAUCAGUAUUUUAUUUUUUAUAUGUCCUCUAUUACGUUUUACGAAUAGUGUGUGAAGUAUUAUUUGAGUCUCUUCAACCAAAGACACUGUUUAGAGACGGAACAAGAUUCUAACUAACUAACUAAAUCUCGUGCAAUAUAUUGACUUGUGUUAAUUUUUUACUUCCAUUUGUGUUGUUAUUAUACUAUUUUAUAAUUUUAUCUUGUACCAACAGAACUGAUAGUUUUUAUGGGUUUAAGCCUCCGCAAAAUGAAUAGAGAAGUGAGUGUUGGCGUUCUAAUCAAGAACGAUAAUUGAAUAUCCGAGUUAACAAUCAAAUAAGAGUGUGAGAGAGCGUUAUAAUGAUCAAACUGUGCAUUUAAAUGUUUUUGUUGGGGGGGCACUCGUCUCAGGUAUAACACGAAACACACAAAAGGAUCAAAUGGAAUUUGAUUUGUUGAUUUUGUUAAUUAAUUAAUGACCAUUAAUGUAUAUAUUUAUAUAUUUUUGUUAACGGUGUUGGAAUAUUAUUUUAUUUUAUUAAUGUUUUUAAUAAGCAAAACAAAAUUAUUUGUCGUUAAUUAGAUUAGAUUUUACAUUAGACCUGAGAUGAGGGCCCCUUCCUUGUUGUAAACAGAUUGAUUAAAUUAAAUUAAACUAAAUUAAAUUAAAUUAAAGAAGAAAAAAAAGUAUUUAUAAAGUUUAAGUGAGUAUUGUUAUUGGUGUUUGUCCACCGAACGUUAUAUUUAUUUUUGUUGUUAAAAAGAGAUGGCAAACACAGAACAUAGUUUAUUUUUUCGGCAGAUGUGUCCAUAUAUUAACAAAAACGACACCAGCCAAACAACCCUCAAAGUUAAGCGAGGGUGUCCGAAUGCGCUUGAAUAAAAAGGUGCUGUUCCUAUGUAAACAAAAUAAUAAAUAAAAGAAAAGAAAACAAAAAAAAUGUAAACCACACGACCAAAAUCAGUGAAUUUUAGAUCUUACAUUUUAGUCAGUCAUUCCAUGUAACGUUAUCGUUUUAAAUAGGGAGGUUGUCGUUUCUUCCGGGCCUACAAUCCACCACUCAAGCAUUACGUAACUUAAGUUAAUGUUCAGUAAACACCUCGGAACUGUGAUACAUACAAAUUGAAUUUUAUGAGGCGACAUUUUUGACAAAUUGAAUCGUUAACUGCAUUACGUACACCCAUUUACGAAUAGUUGAGGAUUGGGCCGUGAAACGAAGCUCCCAAACACACAAACCUAACGAACCGAUAACAAACAUAAGCAAAAGGGAUAAGUUAAUGUACAUAAGAGAUGUUAAAAGAUCAAGUACCUGAGUGUGAAGUGAUCAUAGCGAAAAAAUCUUAGCAGCUAUUGUAACUAAAAAAUAAAACUAGUCGAAAGCGUUAAUAACUAAAAUCUUUAUGUAUUAUAGAUGUGUGAGUGAGGCUGUUUAGGGCGGGUGCGUGUCACACGCAGCCCCUCGAUUGUAGAUUGUUUGGGUUAAGUUGCCAUCUUAUCAUGAAUCUAUCUGUGAUGUAUACGGACACAUUGUUAACAGCGUACAUAUGUUACACAACGCUCAAAUGUUACAAUGAGAGUCUUCUAGAGGUUGUAGCACAAUUUCUAUAUGCUUCCCCGGGCGAUUUUCUCCGGCUCCCGCCACACCAGGGACGAGGGACUCGCCCGACUGCGAAGCUAUUCAUAAAUCAAAUAAAAACGUAGAAGCUGCAAUGAACUUAUAAGUUAGUGUUGCCAAUCAUUUUCUAACGAGUAUUCAAAUCACCUGGAAAAAAUAAAUAAAGGUAAAAGACAAUAAAGGCGACACUUUAAUACAACUGUCCUUUUAUUAAAGUUUGCUAAAUAAAUUUAUGAGAUUAUGGGCAGUUAAAAUAUUUACUGACUGGUAAUGUUAUUAUUCGACAUUAGUUAUUAAGUUUCCUUAUAUAUUUUUUUUAGAUAUAUUAUAUUCACAUUUUUUAAGACUUACUUACUUACUUACUUACUUACUUAUUAGAAGAAUGAGCAAGCUGAUUAAUUAAUUAAUUUUUGACAUACAUACGUACACUGCAUUUUUACUCUCCGAAAAAAAUACAAAGUUAAGCUUGCCUAAACUUGUCAUUGUCAUGUUUGUUAUUGCAAUUUGCAAUUCGCACUACAUAUUGUAUUGUAUUGUAUUGUACUGUAUUGCAUUGUAUUGUAUUCCUUAAAUAUAUAAAGAUGUAUUGGUGUUAUUGUUUCAUCUGUGUAUCGUAACAUAUAAACGUUAAUGUUUCCUUUUAAAUGUCCAUAUACUUGUUAGUUUGGUAGUGAAGAAAUUUUAAAGUUGCACCAAUUAUUUACCGUACUGUCAAAAAACAGUAGCACCAAAAAAAUAUAUAAAACAUUGACAAAAAAUAUAUAUUUUUUUUCCUUUCCUGUGUAGUUGAUAAAAUAGAAUUAGGCUAGGUGAUGAAUGUAGUUUAAUUUUAUCGUAGAUAUUAAUCAAUCUCUUUUUUCAAUGUUGUAAACGAUAUUCUUAAAUUAAUUAAUAUGUAUGUAUAUGUAAAUCGUUCUGAACAUACGGACACUGUGGUCCUUUAUUUUAAUUCUUUAGUUUCAAUAAAAUUUUCUCAUCCCA